AUGGUGGAUUUGUUGCUGACAGUGCCUGACCGGAAGAAGCAUGUCCUUAACGAUGAGGGCAAAACAGCAGUGGAUAUAGCGAGAGAAGUCAUGGAGUACUACGAAUGUUUCAGGAUUAUAAGAAAGCUGGGAGAUUUUAAAGGAAAGGUCAAACCAUUCAUGUACUGUGCUCCACAUGUAAGCUAUGAAAAGCACAGGAGAGCGGCGGAUAAGGUUGACGAAGCGUACAGAGAGAGACGCAAUGCAGAACUAGUGGUGGCAGCGUUGUUGGCCACCAUGACAUUUACCGCUGCCUUCAGCGCCCCAGGUGGUUUCCAAACAGACCCAAAGCUGAGGAAUGAGCUAGGGAUCCCUGUUCUCAUAUCCUUCACGUCAUUUAGGGUUUUCCUUUUUUUCAACUGCAUAGCCUUCUUCCUAUCGCUAUUCACUUGUGUCAUGUGGGAAACGACUACAGAGCUUACCGUAGAGGACAAGUUGUUCUUCAUUACCAUCAAUGGUGUAGCGGUUUGUUUGAGCUUUGGGUUCACUGCUUAUGGGUUUAUGGCUGCAAUAUUCAGAGUGUUGGACAACAACAUGAACACUUUCUCAUGGGUGGUUUUGGGAGGUCUAAUUUUGAUGUCUUUGUGUGGCGUCUUGGUAGUUCUGUAUCUAGCGGCAAGAUUUGCAGUGUCGCGAGCCAGAUUCCAACGCCUGUGUGGUACACACCGUCGAAUAGAUGAUUUCGUAGAAUGGGUAUGGAAAAUAUUUGAACGCUGUGGGUUUCUCGAUAUAACACGUUUUAUUGGUGAUAAGAUCCGUGCCACUAUUAAUGGUGAUUGCAACCCUUGUGGAAAUGGACCCUAUCGUAGAUGCAACUGCUGUGGGUCUUCAUCCCUGUGUCUUACCUACUGUAACAAUGUUCAUCAAUCUGUUUAGAUCCUUCACUGUCUUCUCUCUUCAUUAUGCAGGCCAACUAUGCUGCUCCGUAACAUGCCCUGAUUUAAGUGAAGUCCUUCUAAGGAUGUCCU